CUUUACCAUUGCAGAAAAUUACAUUUUAAAAUAUAUUCAAAUAGAAAACAGUUAUUUUAAAUUAUAAUAAUAUUUCACAAUAUUACUGUUUUAUUUUUUACUGUGUUUUUGAGCCUUAUUUUGAGGUCCAUGUGAGAGUAGCAGCACUGUAGGUGCUUUCCUGUGCAAUAACAGUCAAGUGAAUUAAACAGCUUGCUGUUGAUCGCUCCAACAUUUUGCCCUAUGGCACUGUAAUAAUGUGUUAAUUUAAUAUGUACUUUUAGUGAUAUGACUCAGUCCAGUUAUAUUGAUAUAAUUUAGUACAUUCCAGUAAAUGACAUUCCAUCUGUAAGCAGGCCCUUAAAGUUAAUUUUUUACUAUAUACGUCUCAAAACUGGGUUUCGGGAGUUGCUGUUCAUCAGAACUCUACAGCUAUGGACUCGAGAACAGUGUUUGUCUUAUUAUGGAUGUUGCUGUCGUCCUCCACUGGAAUCAAACUAGAUGGAAAUGGUUAUGUUGACAUUACCAUUGCAAUCGGAUCGAAAGUACCACAGGAUAACACACUCAUUGAUAAAAUCAAGGACAUGUUCACUGAAGGGUCAAAUUAUCUUCAUCAAGCAUUGGGAAAAAAGGUCUAUUUCAAAGAAGCUACGAUACUCGUUCCACCCAACUGGAGUGGUAAGGAAUUUGACAGAGCAAGCACAGAGUCCUAUGAAAAGGCCAGAAUAAGAAUCGAUAAAGCUCAAUCAGAUGAGCCAUACGCUCAUCAGUAUGAUGAAUGUGGAAAUGAGGCUCAGUUCAUUCAUUUCACCCCAAACUAUCUCCUAAACGACUCUGUCAUUCAGCUUUACGGACCAAGAGGAAAAGUCUUGGUUCAUGAAUGGGCUCAUCUGAGAUGGGGCGUGUAUGAUGAAUACAGUGAAACAAAACCUUUCUACCAUUCUAAUGGCCGCAUUGCAGCUACAAGGUGUAGCAAUUUCAUUGAUGGACUGCUGUAUCAUCCUUCUGCUGAUGGAUCUCUUCAACUGUGCAACAUUGAUCAACAAACUUUUCUGCCUACUAAGGGGUGCACGUAUUUUCCAAACAAAAAUCAAUACACAGACAGCUCCAUAAUGUUCAUGCCAAGCCUGGAUUCUGUGAUCACAUUUUGUCAAGCACACGAACACAAUUAUGAAGCCCCAAACCUGCAAAAUGAAAGAUGUGGCAACAAGCCAACGUGGAACGUAAUAUUUGAGGAUUCUGUGGAUAAAGACACACUUCCUUCUCUAAAACCAAUGUCGUCCUCUCCACCAGCACCAACUUUCAAAGUUGUGCAAAGAAAGCAACGGGUUGUUUGUCUCAUUCUUGAUGUCUCAGGAAGCAUGACAACAAAUCCUCGACUACAGCAGGCUGCCACACAUUUACUGCGGAACAUCAUUGAGGAUCAAGCCACUGUUGGAAUUGUAAGAUUCAGUACUGAUGCUACGCUUCUGAGCCCCUUGACUACUAUUGACAGUGAAUCCACACGAGAGAAACUCAUCAAAUUGUUGCCAAGUACAGCAAGUGGAUCAACAAACAUGUGUAAAGGCCUUAAUCUAGGCUUACAGGUACUUAGAACAGACAAUGGGGUUGAAUUAGGAGAUGAAAUCAUUUUUCUGACAGAUGGUGAGGCGACAGACGACAUUGACAGUUGUAGUCGUGAUGCAAUAAAGACUGGCGCCAUUAUACACACAAUAGCUUUAGGUCCCAAUGCAGCUAACGCACUGAGGGAUAUGGCGACACAAACUGGGGGGAUUUACUUCACACCAAAUGAUCAGAUCACCUCCAACCAGUUAAUGGAUGCAUUUGCUUCACUUACAUUAUCAAAUGGAGAUUACACAAAAGACCCAGUUCAGCUAGAAAGUGUUGGAGUAAAAACAUCAGAGUGGUUCAAUGGGACAGUAUCCGUGGAUCAGACUGUUGGUAACAAAACCAGCUUUGUAAUAAUCUAUCAACAAAGUGUUCCUAUCAUUUUCAUACAGUCACCAAGUGGCUCAAUCUACAAUCAGACAGAAAUGAAUCAUGAUAUAUUGCUGAAAACACUCACCUUGAAUGUUCCAGGAACUGCAGAGCCUGGGGACUGGAAGUACAAUAUACAAACUACAACACUUCAGGCUCUGACUAUAACAGUAACGAGUUACGCGGUGAGUGCUGAUGUUCCCCCUAUCAUAGUCAAAACCCGCAUGAACCAGCAGUUCAGUGACGGCACUAAACCCUUGAUAGUGUUUGCUGAGGUCAGUCAGAAUUACAGGCCUGUAAUAAAGGCUGAAGUGUGGGCUACGCUGGAGUCCCAAUCUGGGUCCGCACAAGAAUUACAACUCCUGGACAAUGGAGCAGGAGCUGAUGCUUUCAAAGAUGAUGGUGUCUAUUCCAGAUAUUUCACAAAGUUUGAAAAAGGGAGAAUCAGCUUGAAAUAUGGAACUGCUUGGAGAAAACCUUCAGACAGAAUCAAGCAGAUUCAGGUGGUUCCUCUAAUUUCAGGUGUGGUGGAGCUGAACCCUCCAAAGCCUCCAGUUUCUGAGGAACCACUCGAGGUUGGAAGCUUUACCAGGACAGCCAUCGGUGAGAGUUUUGAGGUGGAUUUUACAACCCCACCAAAUUUCCCUCCUAACAAAAUCACAGAUCUGAGUGCUGAGAUCCAGGAGGACUCUGUGCUUCUCAGCUGGACGGCUCCUGGUGAGGACCUCGACCAAGGGACAGCUAAAUCCUAUGAGAUCAGGUGGAGCUAUGACCUUCAAAUGCUUCGAGAAAGCUUCAGCAAUGGUCAUGUAGUCAACACAGCUGCCGUCUCACCGCUGGAGGCUGGAUCAGUUGAACAGCAUUCAUUCAAUCUCAGUUUCACAGUCCAAAAUGGCACCACAAUAUUUUUUGCAGUUCAGUCUGAGGAUGAACAAAAUGGGAAAUCUGAAACCUCUAACAUCGCUCAAGCUUCAAAGAUCCUCCCUGAUCCAAACCUUCACGGAAUAUCAAACCCAGGCUUGAAUUUGACAGUUCUUGUAAUUUCUUUGUGUGUUGUAACUAUGGUCAUAUGCUUUGUUGUUGCUGUAAUCACAUGGUCAGUGAGACGCAGAAAACGCCUUGGUUAAAGAAACAACUGGAAUUAACAAUCUGAUGCAAACAAAUAAAUCAAUUCUUUUGUCUAAUUUGAACAUAACUAUGUAUAUCCAACAACUUUUCUUAAAACAGUCAUCUCUACCAAACAGAAUUUCUUACUUUCUGAAUAUUUUUUCAAGUACAUGUAUUGCCAUCUCAUGUAGAAUUCUCAUUUGUAAUAGAUUCUCAAUCGAUUUAUCUUCCUCUGAAAUGUGAGCGACUUUAAAUACAAAAGAAUAAAAAUAUUUCUGUAAGUAAGACAUGUAUUAAACUUUCAUUAUGAUGAUUUAAAGCACAUUUGUAAUUAAUCAAUUCUUUGAAUUUUAAAUGUGGACCUAUUAUGCUAUUUUUAUUAAAGUCUUGAAUUUGUUUUUGGGCUGGACCAGGGAUGCACCAAUACCAUUUUUUAAGGACCGAAUACGAGUACAGAUACUUUUUUUCUAGUACUCGCCGAUACCGAUGCCUAUACAUUUAUUAAUUUCUCUCUCUCUUUUUUUUUUUUUUUUUUGGUGAUUGUUGUAGUUUUCCAAGCACAACACAGUGAGACUAAUGAAUGUAGGAGAGCAUCUUUAUUAUUACUCUAAUGAAAAAAGUAAUAAUUUCUGUGUGCUUGUCACAAACUUCAAGAACAAAAAUUUCAGAGUGUCCAAUACCUUCAAAGGGCAUAAUUACCAAUAUAUAUAAUUGUUGUAAUAUAAAAAGAAAUUUACAAACAAAUAACAAACAAUACAACAAAUACUAUAGAGAUACAAAUUAAAUAAACUUGUU